UAGUCGGGAUCCGCCGCGCUCCGGACCCUGGCAGGCGGGGCGCGCCCGCCGCGCGCAGAAUGUGGCAGCCGACCCGGUCCCGGCCCCGCGCGCUCUGGCGUUGGGUGCUGGCGAUACUGACCCUUGGCGGCGCGGGACUGUGCCACGCCGGCCCGCAGUCCGGGUACCCCGCGCGGCCCAGCGCCAGGAACAAGAACUGGUGCGCUUACAUCGUGAACAAGAACGUGAGCUGCUCUGUACUGGAGGGAAGUGAGAGUUUUAUCCAAGCUCAGUACAACUGUCCCUGGAGCCAGAUGCCCUGUCCAUCCGCGCUGGUGUAUCGGGUGAACUUCAGACCCAGGUACGUCGUCAGAUACAAGACGGUGACCCAGUUGGAAUGGAGAUGCUGCCCUGGCUUUAGAGGAGCGAACUGCCAAGAAGGCCCCAAAGACCCUGCGAAGACCCCCCACCCCACGCCUGCUCGGCCUCGAAACAGCAUAAAGAAAGCCACAGAUAACGAACCAAGCCAAGUCUCAGACCCCACGGACAUUUCGCCACCAACUCGUGCAGGAGAACCGAGUCAGAAGGUGGAUCCCAAACAGGGGCCUGAAGAACUUCAGGAUAAGAAAAUUCAGAUGCUUGAGGAGAAGGUUCUCCGACUCACAAGGACAGUUCUCGACCUCCAGUCUUCCAUUUCAGACCUGAAUGAAAAUCUCAAACAUGCUACUCAGGAUGAUGCCAGCAAACCGACCUCAUGGCUGGGCGACCCGCAUCCCCAGCCAGGGCCUGGCAGUGAGAUUGCCAGAGACACGGAAAGAGCCCAGCCUCCCGGAGUCCUCAGUAGUAAGGAAUCUGGUAUGAAGGACAUUAAGUCUGAAUUGGCCGAAGUCAAAGAUACUCUGAAGACCAAGAGUGACAAGCUGGAGGAGCUGGAUGGGAAGGUGAAGGGUUACGAAGGGCAGCUGAAACAGCUGCAGGAGGCUGCCCAGGGCCCCACGGUGACCAUGACCACCAGUGAGCUCUACCAAGCCUACGUGGACAGUAAGAUCGAUGCUCUGAGAGAGGAGCUCAUGGAGGGGAUGGACAGGAAGCUGGCCGACCUGAAGAACACAUGUGAGUACAAGCUGGUUGGCCUGCAGCAGCAGUGUGACGACUAUGGCAGCAGCUACCUGGGGGUGAUAGAGCUGAUCGGGGAGAAGGAGGCGAGCCUGAAAAAAGACAUCAACGACCUUCGAGCCCGGCUGCAGGAUCCUCCAGCCCAGCCGAGUUGCUGCAGCGGGGGAAAGGGUGGCGACUUCGGUGAGCAGCUCAAGACGUUAGAGCAGAAAAUCGAGAGAGUGGCGGAAGCCACCAGAAUGCUGAAUGGUCGGAUGGACAACGAGUUUGACCGCCUCAUGGUUCCGGAACCAGAUGUGGACUUUGAUGCCAGAUGGAAUGAACUAGAUGCAAGGAUCAACGUGACGGAGAAGAACGCGGAAGAACAUUGCUUUUACAUUGAGGAAACCCUCCGGGGGACCAUCUCUGGGGAGGUCGAUGACUUGAGGCAACUUUUGGAUCAGAAAAUACACUCUCUGGAAGACCGUCUGGGGAGCGUCCUCCUACAAGUGGCCAAUGACACUGGUGGUGAAUUUGGUCCCCCAGGGGCAGCCCUGCCUGGGCUGUCUGGAUCAGGCAAUGAACAGGUCAUGAUAGAAUUAAACCACCUGCGGGACAAAGUUCAAAUGGUUGAGGACAUUUUCCUGCAGAACUUCCAGGGAGGACAUCUUGGGUUGGAAGGUACUGUACCAAACAGAGAGGACCACCUAGCGGGUGAUAGCCUGAGCCUUUUGAAAUCUCUCAAUGACACAAUGUAUAGGAAGUUUCAAGAAACCGAGCGUAACAUCCAGAAGCUUCGAGAAGAUUUUAGUCGUCUUUAUUCUCAACUAAACCACACAGGUAAUGAUGUGACUCAUCUUCAGAAGGAAGUGAGCAAUUGUAAAGCAGGUAAAAAUGCUGCAGGAGGUGGUUUUACUAAGGUGGGUGAGCAAGAAAGGAUGGUGGAGACCCUCCCGUCUCCCCAGGACCCUGUGGCUCAGUGUUGCGGUCAGCUGGAGGAGAGGUGGCAGAGGCUCCAGAGCCAGGUCCUGUCUGAGCUGGACACUUGUAAGGAAAAUAUUCAUGGGGUCCAGAGGGGGGUCUCUGUGGUUGAGGACAGGGUGUCGCAUAUGGAGAAAACGUGCAGCAAGCUGGACUCCAUGUCGGGGAGUCUGCAGAAGAUCAAAGAGGGGCUCAACAGGCACGUCAGCAGCCUGUGGAACUGUGUCAGGCAGAUGAACGGGACACUCAGGUCGCAUUCCAGAGACAUUUCCGGCCUCAAGAGUUCCGUCCAGCAGUUCUAUAGCCACGUUUUCCAGAUUUCUACUGACUUGCAAGAUCUGUUCAAAUUCCAGCCAUCGGCAACGGAGGAGCCCUCAGAAACGCCCCAGCCUCUGGCCCCAAAGGCCCCACAGGUGCCUGCAAGGCCCUUGCCGUCGGAAGCCCCCACUGAACUGCCACAGCCCAAGCCAACACGGCCAUCACCGGAGGACCCCGCAAGACGACUGCACACAGGCCAACGGCCAGUGCUGCCCAAGAGACCCCCGCAGCUGUGGCCCCCAGAAGAGCCACUGCCCCCACCGGCUCGACCUGGCUGGACAGGGCUGCCUUUCUUGCCUGGCUCCACCGGGGUCCUAAUGGAGACUGGAGAGGCCGGGCCUCCGGGGAGGAUGGGCGUGUCAGGAAGGGGCCUGCCCCAGGGUGUGGAUGGCCAGACGGGACAGGAGGCCAUCCCCAGCGCAGAAGGCUACGCAGGAGCACCAGGAUACCCCAAGUCACCUCCUGUAGCCUCCCCAGCAGGGGUUCCAGGGCCUGCUCUGGUGUCUUUUUCUGCUGGGCUUACCCAGAAGCCUUUCCCCAGUGACAGUGGCGUUGUCCUCUUCAACAAGGUGCUGGUAAAUGACGGGGAUGUUUAUAACCCCCAAACUGCCACUGUCCUCACACUGGCCCACCUGGUCACCAUUCAGCGAAUCCCCUGUUGUGAGGGCAUAGAAGCCCCCUGCAGAACUCGGAGAAACAGAACUCCAGGGAUCUUCACAGCUCCUUACGAUGGGCGCUACCUGAUCACAGCUACUCUCACCCCUGAGCGGGAUGCCUACGUGGAAGCCGUCCUCUCAGUCUCCAAUGCCAGUGUGGCCCAGCUGCACACAGCCGGGUACAAGAGAGAAUUCCUGGAGUACCACCGACCCCCAGGGGCUGUGCACACUUGCGGCGGCCCAGGGGCCUUCCACCUUGUUGUGCACUUGAAGGCCGGAGACGGUGUCAAUGUGGUGGUGACUGGGGGCAGGUUGGCCCAUACAGACUUUGAUGAAAUGUACUCCACCUUUAGUGGGGUUUUCUUAUAUCCUUUCCUUUCCCACCUCUAGGGUGGCCAGGGAGAGGGGAGAGAUAGAUGUAAAAACUCUGAAGCUUUAAUAUAUUCAGUUUAUGUAUGUAACUGGAGCACUGAUCUAGAGUUUUCUGCAUACAUCCUUCCACCUGCCCCUAAGAUAAAGGCCUUACCUCGCUGUUGGGCCACCACACCUUAAGAGUUUGCAGACAGGUAGUGAGGAGUUCACCUAUUUUUCUGUCACUCUAACUGGACAACUGGAAGACUUGGAAAGCCCCCUUGCCUGCAAUCCGGCUCCCCUCUUGCAUCUUCCCAGCCUCCAGCUCAAGGUUCCUGGGGAACACACCUGGUGCUACCUGUGGAGGUUUACACUGCUUCCCAGAGGGCAGGGCCGCGGGGUGGUGCCUUGCUGCUAGAGAGGAACGGCAGCUGGCUGAAGGUGGGGGGCGCGGUGGUGGUGGUGGGUAGCCAGCGUCUCCUCCUCCAUAAACUACACGCGGGAGAAAAGUUUAAACACUGAAGUGCUAACGUGGCCCAUGCCACCCCGUACAGGGACCCAGAGUUCAGUUUGGGUUGUUCCCUACCUGGCUAGCUGCCAUGGCCUGGGACUCAUCCCUGCUUACUGGGCCCUGGCCCCACUGCAAAAGGGGAUGUGCCACACACUAUUUAUGAAACUUGUUGGGCUCCUUAGAUGACAUGUACAACUGAAGUGCAAAGACAGGGAGUGUCAAUAAAUAUGUAAAACCACUUUGA